GGCGGCACGCGGGGUGGCGGUGGCUCCCGGCCGGGCCCCGGCGCUGAUGCUGGCGGCGGCCGCAGCCGCUCUGGGCUUCUUCAGAGUAUCAGCACUUGAUGUGAAGACGCCAGAGGAGCUCUUUGUGGAAAAUGGGACAGAAGCAAGACUUCCAUGCACAUUUUCAUCCCGAGAUGCGAUCAGCAGCGCAGCGUCCGUCUCCUGGAGCUUCCAACCAGAGGGAGCAACAACCCCUAUAUCAUCAAAGUAUCAGCAGUUGAUAUGAAGACGCCAGAGGAGCUGUUUGUGGAGAAUGGGACGGAAGCAAGACUUCCAUGCACAUUUUCAUCCUCGGAGGUGAUCAGCUGUGCAACGUCCGUCUCCUGGAGCGUCCAACCAGAGGGAGCAACAACCCCUAUAUCAUUCCUCUAUUACUCUCAAGGGAACGUGUACCUUCGGAAGGACGCACCAUUUAAGAACAGAAUCAGUUGGACUGGAGACCUUAACAAGAGAGAUGCAUCUGUCAGCAUAGCAAACGUGCAGUUCCAGGACAACGGCACUUACUUCUGUGAUGUCAAGAACCCACCUGACAUAGUUUUCAUGCCAGUUGAAAUCCGACUUAGAGUCGUGCAGAGAGUCAGAGUAUCAGCACUUGAUGUGAAGACGCCAGAGGAGCUCUAUGUGGAGAAUGGGACAGAAGCAAGACUUCCAUGCACAUUUUCAUCCCGAGAUGUGAUCAGCAGCGCAGCGUCCAUCUCUUGGAGCUUCCAACCAGAGGGAGCAACAACCCCUAUAUCAUUCUUCUAUUACUCUCAAGGGAACGCGUACCCUGGGAAGGACACACCAUUUAAGAACAGAAUCAGUUGGGCUGGAGACCUUAACAAGAAAGAUGCAUCUGUCACCAUAGCAAAUGUGCAGUUCCGGGAUAACGGCACUUACUUCUGCGAUGUCAAGAACCCACCUGACAUAGUUGUCAAGCCAGGAGAAAUCCGACUUAGAGUCGUGCAGAGAGACAAUCUGCCUGCGUUUCCCACUGGCAUGGUGGUAGCGAUAGCCAUCGGUGUGACUCUAGUUGUCUUGCUCCUCAUUGCGGUUAUCGUGUGUGUCGUCAGAAAGAAGAACUCUAAAAAGCAUUACUCUGGCUGCAGUACCUCUGAGAGCUUGAUGUCGCCGGUUAAGCAGGCUCCACGGAAGUCACCCUCCGACACAGAGGGUUUGGUAAACCAUGUGCCCACCAGAUUGCACCAGGGCCCAGUAAUUUAUGCGCAAUUAGAUCACUCCGGUGGGCGACACAGUGACAAGAUUAACAAGUCGGAAUCUGUGGUUUAUGCUGACAUUCGGAAGAACUGAGGAGAUCCCACCGUAUCCAAAGCAAAACAAAAAUUCAAACUGGAAUGGCUUGAAUCAAAUGUGACCCAGAGAACUCACAUGUGGCCUUUGAUGCCUAGGCUAGGACCAAUGCAUGUGAAUACAGAGAGAUAUAUGUGUGUUGUGUGUAAAUAGUCUAUUUAAUCGUACAGAAGUGAGACCAGUGUUGCAUGUUGAGAUGCAGUAAGAAUUCUGCUUAUAAAAGGCCAAUAUUCUUUUUUUGUAUCUAGGAUAAGGGGAGAAAAAGUGAAAAUACAUAACAUGGCAAUUUUAAAGUA